AUGCUCCAAUCCAACAUCAUCAUCCUCACCACCGUCAUCCCCACCACUGUCAUCCCCACCACCGUCAUCCCCACCACCAUCAUCCCUACUACCAUCACCCCCACCAGUAACAUUCUGAACACAACUAGUGAAGGAAAGCUAAGCUUUACUAGCAGAGAACCACAAGCUCCUCCAGAAUGGGAUGAAGGUACUAGCAGGAGCAGUACCAGCCCCAGCUCCCAGCUCCAGUGGCUGCGUGAGGCUGAAAGAGAAGACGGAUCGUUCUCUGGUCUACAGCAGGUUGAUUUGCAGGGCAUCUCCUCUGCGGCCCCGUGCAGCCUGAAGAAGGAAGCUUUCUGCUGUAAUGGACCAGGACUGCUGUGCUCUGGGGAGGACUCGGCCAAUAUGCUCCUGAGCGCUGGGCACUUUGCCACCUGCUGCUUCCCAGAAACAGAUGCUCAGGCACCUCCAGCUCUGGGAAUUCGUGUUCACGCGGCUUCCAGAACAGCUCUUUGUCUGCUGCUGGACUUUGGGGACAAUCGUGGAGCUGAGAUGAAACUGUGUACAGUGACAGGUGCAGCUACCGUGACCGGCUACUACCAGUACGGGACAGAAGGAGUCUAUAAGCUCAAGGUUGUGGUCUCUGACUAUCAUGGAGCUGAUGAGGAACUGGGGCCCUAUUAUAUGGACAUUGGCCAUGGGAAUGUGUCUGUGUUCAUGAAUUCCAGCUCCAUCCACGAUAGCGAAGCUCUUGCCUUUGCUAACUCCCUCCCACAGCAGGAAGGCACAGUCGUGGUGCAUUGUUUCUCAUCCGUUUCUUCAUACUAUGUGUCCUUUAUGUCUCAGACCCGAGUGGGCAGCAGCCAGGCCUGGCGUGGUGUGACUGUUCGGUAUACGAUGCAAUCCGUGUCUGUCUACACCAAUGGAACUGUGUUCGCUGCAGACACAAACAUCACAUUUGUGGCAGUUACCGAGGAAACUGUACCUCUGGAGUUCACUUGGUAUUUUGGAGAAAACCCACCAGUGACAACAACUUCCAGAAGCAUUAGAAGAAGGCUGAGCAUCCCACAAUGGUACCGUGUGACGGUCAAGGCCACCAGCAGGAUGGGCAGUGUGGUCUCCAAGCCCCACCUCAUCAGGGUACAGAAGAGAAUCCUGGCCAAUCGGCUUGUGUCCACUGCCUCAGCCCUGGUAAAUGCCAAUGUGUCCUUCGAGUGCAGGCUCAAUUUUGGCACCGAUGUAUCCUACCUUUGGAACUUUGGAGAUGGCUCCAUUGAGUUGGGCAGCAGCUCCUCUGGCCAUGUCUACGACAGGGAGGGAGAGUUUACAAUUGAAGUCCUUGCCUUCAAUAACAUCAGCUCUGCCACCCUGAGAAAACAGAUUUUCAUUGUGCAGGAGCCUUGCCAACCACCCCCGGUGAAGAACAUGGGGCCUGCGAAGGUGCAGAUAUGGAGGUCUCAGCCCCUGAGACUAGGCGUGACGUUUGAAGCUGCCAUCAUCUGUAACAUUUCCCAAGGACUCUCCUACACCUGGAGCUUUGUGGGUGCUGAGGCGACUGCUGUCACCCUCCCUGCUGCUGUCAACACCCACAGACAGACCAUCGUGCUCCCAAGCUACACGCUGGAGUGUGGGAACUACACUGCCGUCGCCAAGGUUCAGAUCAAGGGAAGCAUGGUGUAUAGCAACUACUGUGUCGGUGUAGAAGUUCGAGCCAGGGCACCUGUCAGCGUGAUCUCUGAAGGCACACACAUCUUCAUCUCCAAGGCUACCUCAACCUCCAUCAUCCUGAGCGGGUCCCAGUCCUAUGACCCUGACAACCCAGGGGCUGCUCUCAGGUAUCACUGGACUUGCACAGCAGCCAGCUCACCCAUAUGGCCUUGCUUUGAUGACUAUACUCUGUACCGAGUGGACACUCAAGCUCCUGCCAUUUCCUUCCCAGCAAAAUGGCUCAGUGAGUGCUGUGACCAGUUCCUUGUGACACUGACAGUCUCCAGCAGUGGACGGAACUCAUCGCAGGCCUUGACGUUCCUCUCUACCCGUCCUGACCUGGCCUUCAGGUUCAUCCACAUCUCAUGGGUCAACUUUAGAGACAUCUCUGUGAACUGGAACGAAGAAGUGUCUCUCCGAGCUGUGUGUGAAGACUGUGGAGAUGUCUCAGACCUCACUUAUUCCUGGGACCUCUUCCUGGUCAAUGCAACAGAGAAGAAUGCAGUGGAAGGUUACUGUGGCAAGCUCACCAGCCCCAUGAUGGCGAUAGUCCCCUUCUGUAGCACUGUGGGGCUGCUGGGUGCCUCAGCACUGGGGGCCAGUCUGAAGUCAUCUGAGUCUCGUCAGCCAUCAAAUCUGAGAGCGUCGCCCACACCACACUCACUGGGCCCUUCACCCACGCCCCUGGGCUGGACAGCUCUUUCUAACCUGGGAAGCAUUUCCGCUGAGUUCCCAGCUGGUGGCCACCGCAUUCCUGCUGAGGGACCUGUGGCAGGCUCAGGAGAGCCAAUGGAGGACUAUGGCUCACUGAGUCCAGCACCUGGUUCCCUGGCUGAGGAAACCCUGAUGAUGAGUGACCCUGAGGGACGUUGGCCCUUCCCCAGCUCCUCCACUGCCUUUGAUGAUUUUGAAGCCUAUUACAGUGACAUCCAAGAAGCAGUGCCGUCCCUAGGAAGACAACCAGGGAUCAGUGCAAACUUCCAGGAAGCAGGAUCAAGUCUGAGUGCUGAGGAGAGUGCCAGUUAUGGGGACAACCUGCUGGGCCCUUUCCUCCACACAGGCAGAGCAAAGCCAACUCUCAUGAUCGACUGGCCCAAGGCCCUGGUCAGCCGAGCUGUCUUCCAUGGCUACACCACAUCAGGUAUCAUGGGACCAGCUGUGACAAUAAAACCAUUCUCACUGAGCAGUGGCGAGAUGUAUGUCCUACAAGCUUCUGUAGCCUCAAAGCAUGUCUUACUGGGCAAGGCGCAGCUCUACUUAACAGUCAACCAAGUUCCACAGGACAUGUCUUGUCAGGUGCGACCUCACCAUGGUAUGGAGGCACAUACCAUCUUCAGUGUCUUCUGCAUGUCAGGAAAACCGGAUUUUCAUUAUGAAUUUCGUUACCGGAUAGGAAACACUUCCUCACACACCCUGUACCGAGGACAAGAUACCCAGUAUUAUUUUUUAUUACCAGCUGGUGAUUCUUCAGACAGUUACAAAGUCAUUGUUUCAACUGAAGUCACAGAUGGCCAAGGCUCCAAGGUGCAGCCAUGCACUGUGGAGGUGACUGUGCUGCCCCGUUACCAUGGAAACGACUGUCGGGACAAGGACCUAUAUAACUCCACCCUGGAAAACCUGUCUACUCUCCAGCUGGUGGGAAGUUACACGGAAAUCAGGAACUACAUCGCCAUGAUCACUGGGAUCCUGAGCCGCUUGUAUAUGGAGAGCAGAAACACUUCUUCGUGUGGUCAGUGGUCACAAAUACAGGAUGUAUUAAUUUCUUCAGCAUGCGAAGUACCUUAUACAGAUCAGGAAGCUAUGGUGGAUUCUAUUCAUAUAUUGAGAGACCUCAUAAGCUUCCCUAAUAAGUUGAGCUUGAUGAGUGCCACACUCAUCUACAAAUACGCCCAGAUGUUCCUUGCUCAAGGUCAAGUCUCCGGGAGGUUGCUGGUCGACAAAAAACUAAGAGUUGAAUUUAUCCUUCUCAUCUCUGGAGUCUGGGAAGCUGCCAAAGAAGACGUGAGGGAUGGGUACUAUCUGCAAAAAGAAGGCAUGAAGAUCGUCUCUGACAUGUUACUAGCCUGUCUCUCCUUGAGCCCCAAGUCUCAGAUUCACAUAAGCACCGGGCAGAUGGAGUUCCAGACUCUUGUCCAUCGUAGCCCUCAGAGCUCUAUCCAGAACCUAGGCUUCAUCCGGGUACAUUUGCCCAGUGACGUGGCCUUGCACAGUCCUACUCAAGAGGAAACACAAAGCCCAUGCUACAUCAGCCAGCUCACGUUCUUCAUGAAGAGUCCAUAUUCAGGGGAACAGGCUCCUGGGCAGUUGGGUGGUGUCAUGAACCCUAGGCUCUACAGCUGCAAGAGCAGAAGACCUAUCCUCAGAGGACGACUGGAGACACCUGUGACUAUAGAAUUUGGGGAAGAAGACCACCUGCACAAGAGAAAUCCAGCCAUGUUUGUGUUGCUUCGGGAUGAGGUGAAUGUCCAUCAGUUCACUGGACUUUCAGAAAACUCCCAGGAAUCUUUACAGAUACACAUUGAAUUCUCUAAGCCAGUUACAAGAGCCUUUCCCAUCAUACUGUUAGUAAGGUUCUCUGAGAAAGCCACACCUUCUGAUUUUCUCAUGAAGCAAGUCUACUUCUGGGAUGAGCAGACCGUACAAAUGUAUGUACCUGCCGCCCCAUGGAGAGGAGCCAAUGUGGGAUACUUAUCCCUAUUAGAUGCUGAUUAUGACAGGAAACCUCCAAAUAAAUAUCUUGCUGGGGCUGUAAACUAUACGGUGCAUUUCCAGUGGAUCCAAUGUGUGUUUUGGGACAAGACAGAGUGGCGAUCCGAAGGUCCCUGUCCACAGCCAGGAACUUCUCCUGAAAAAGUCAACUGCAGCUACCAUCGCCUUGCACCUUUCUCCGUCCUAAGAAGAAAGCUGAAUGCCACUUUUCAAGUGAGCAGCGUUUCUGAGUUUCAGAGUCACCCACACAACUUGCUUCCCAGUAUUUUCAGUGUGUUUUUCUUGGUUCUUUAUGGAUUUUUGAUGAGUAAAAGCAGCUGUGUAGAUUGUCAUGAGAAAAAGAAUCCUGGUUGUAUUUUUCUGGAAGAAGAAACACUGCUUGGCCACCAACUGUAUGCAGUCGUCAUUGACACUGGCUUCCGGUCACCAGCCAGAUUUACCUCAAAGGUUUUCAUUGUUCUAUGUGGUGAAAAUGGACACUCAGAAACCAAAGAACUUUGCUGUCCAGAGAAGCCCUUAUUUGGAAGGAACUCCAGGCACACCUUUAUCCUGAGCACGCCUCACCAACUGGGUCCACUCCAGAAGAUCCGUCUCUGGCAUGACAGUAGUGGACCUUCCCCAAGCUGGUUCAUCAGCCACGUGAUGGUGAAGGAGCUAUGCUCAGGACAAGCCUGGUUCUUCUCUGCUCAGUGCUGGCUGGCUGUGAACAAAAGGGGUGGCCAGGUAUUAGGCGAGUUCUUCUGCCUGAGCCAUGGUCUCAGUUUCUGGAAGCUUUUCUACUCGAAGUUCACAGAGUACCUGGAGGAUUUCCACAUCUGGUUCUCACUGUACAGUCAGCCCCCAUCCAGCAACUACCUACACACACAGCGACUUGCUGUGUCCUUCUGCCUGCUGUCUGUCUACUCAUGCCUCACUGCCCUUGUCACUUUGGGAGGCCAUGAACAGCGCCCCCUAGGUGUGGGUCCCACAGCUAUCACUCUGGAAUCCUUCAGUCUGGCUCUGCUGUGCACCCUCCUGGCCUGUCCACCUGCACAGCUCCUAUCACUGCUCUUCAGGUGCAGCAAGGAAGCCAGAGGGAAUCUACGGACUUCACGACAUUGGCCUCUAAGAGGAGUGAAGACAGAAGUACCUCAGGGCCCUGAUCCCAGUGGGAAACCAGAUUCAAGGCAGCCCUCCCCACAUCCCAUAUCAGACCUUCUUCCUGGGACUGACCAAGCUUGGAGGAUGACAGCCAGCAGCAGGGGUAUAGUCCGUUCACCGUUUCCACUGGAGGCCUGCAGGGAUAAACAUCUUGCUCUGAGAGAGAGGAGCCACUGCUCUCCUCCCAGUUCACAAGCUCCCAGUAGUGGUUUUGAAGAACUUGGGCCCCAGCAGUCAAGGGUCUGUCUGCUCUGGUCAAGCUCUGUGGCUUGGGCCAUCUCUGGCACAGCUUCCCUGGCCUGUGGUUUGGGGACAGGAUUCCUAGGCUACAAGUUUGUGCCAGCACAGUGUGUGUGGUGGCUCCACCUGCUGCUUCUCUCUCUGGUCUGCUGCGCACUCAUCACCCAGCCACUCAUGAUCUGUUUGGCAGCAUCGGCCUUUGCUUGGAAACGGAAACAUGACAGUGAGUUUUUUAGUGAGUCAUUACAAGAUGCGACCAAGGGUCUGGAUUUGGAAUUGGAAGAACGUUCCAGAACCCACAUUCCUCUUUCUCCUGUCUGCUAUAGUCCUGACAGUGCUGAGGAGACUGAAAGGGUCUUGGCUGCCCGACAACGAGAACGCCACCUGCGCUGGGCUCAGACACCAUCCAGGCCAAAGUUCAGAAUGAUGAGGGAAAGACUAAGGAGAGAGAGCCUCAUGCAGGCAGCCCUGAGAGACGUGACCAUGCAUAGCGUCAUGCUACUGCUGCUUCUGUUUAUAGCAUAUGGGAGAUUCUGCCCAGGUGAAUAUUCUCUCAAUCAAGCCAUCCGGAGGGCAUUUACAAGAAAUGCCCAUCACUCCUUGGGGGACCUCAGCAGCACGGAAGACUGGUGGGACUGGACGCUGAGCACCCUGCUAGAUGUGCUGCACCCAGAAAGAAUGCCUGCAGGAGCUUGGGGGUCUCAGCCUGGAGCUCUUGGAGGGCAGUGCCACCUAAUAGGCCCCUUGGUGAUCAAGCAGUUGAAGGUUUCUGCUGGCACUGCAUGUGUGGCUCCCAGGCCAUUCUCAGAGCUCGUGGAGGAUGUACUCCCUAUGCAUAGUCACGCCCUUGACCUUGAGAACCGAAAUGUGACCCCUGGUGAUCCUGAGACCUGUGGUGUGAAGAAAGAGAGCUACACGCAUAGCCUAGGAAGAACAAGGCAUGAAGCCCAUGCAGCUCUGACUGCCCUCAGGGCCAGCAGGUGGAUUGACCACAGCACGAGAGCCAUGUCUGUGCACUUCACUCUCUACAACCCUCCAACACGACUCUUCACGAGUGUGACCCUGGGUGCAGAAUUUCUCCCCACAGGAGGUCUUGUCUCCUCAUCCCUGAUAGAGUCCUUCAGCAUCUUCUACAGUGACUCAGCCCUACAGUGCCUCCUCAUGCUUUCUGAGCUGCUGUUCCUGGUACUCAACAUGAUCCACCUCUGUUUCCAGCUCUGGGAGAUGGCAACCAAGGGUAUUCUCAGCUACUGGAGAAAACCAAGACACUGGCUGGAGCUCUCUAUGGUUGGUGUAGCACUGGCCUACUAUGCAGCCUCCGGUCACCUCACUACUCUUGCUGAGAACAUAACUGACCAGUUCCACAAAGGACUUUAUCAGAGGUUUGUGGACGUCAGCCUGAUGGUGUCAUGGAAUCAGCGAGCACGAUGCCUCCAGGGAAUCCUCCUGUUCCUCUGGAUGUUAAAAUGUGUUCACCUCUUCAGUUCUCUAAGCACCAUGGCACCCCUCUCUGCAAUGAUGGGCCAUUGUCCUGGGGUUUUCUCCCUGCAGCUGGUGGGGGCCCUAUUGCUGGCCGCCCGUUUCCACUUGCGCUGGUUUCUGCUCUUCACCUGGACACUGUCGCGUGGCACCUCUGCAGAGGCAUUUCCUGGGCUACUGCUUCUAUUUCCGGGAAGAAGUCAAAAAGACUCAUGGCACAAUCAUUUAGAGUCUGACCACAGAACUGUGAAUUGUUACUAUGGGACCCUCUUUCUGUUGCUGGCGACCCUGGGUUUCGGAAUGCUGAGAGCCACCUUCUUGACUCUUUUCCAAGACAGAAAGUCUUUUCGCAGAAAAUCUCUCGUGACACUAAAAGAUGUUGCUGUUUCUAUGUGGCAUAGACUCCUCACCCUUCUGAGGCUGGAAACAACAACUUCAGGAGAGACUGAGGUGGCUACGGACCACAUUUAUUACCUGGAUGAAUUUUCAAGUCUAUUGGAUGAACUUCUGAUGAAGAUCGAUGGUUUGUCUGACAGCCUAGAACUUUCUAUCCUAGAAAAACAAUGGAGGAGGACAGUGGAGUCAAGGACUGGGGACAGUCCUUCAGUUGGCAUUUUGGAGUACCAAGCUGCUGGGGUUCUACGUGGCCAUGGGAAAAAGAAGAGUCUCACAGGCCCCAAUGACAGUUGA